AUGUCCGUGUUCCGUCCAGUUGACAAGCAGGCCGUUGGGGCAAUCAACGAGCUCCUUGAACCAGACAACAGGGACAACCGCAAGCGCUACAAGGAGUUCCUCCGCGACCCCCUCUUCACCCCUCGCCUCAACAUUCCCUUUGACGAGGAGCGCGAUCUCGCGCUUGAGCGUCUCGAUGCUGUCGUUCGCAACAAGUUUGUCUCGGUUUACGACUUUGAGCGCAACCCGCUCAACGUUAUCGCCGCCCACGAGGUGUCCGGCAUGGUGGACCCUUCGUACACCACCAAGCUCACGGUCCUCAUCAACCUCUUUGGUGGAACCAUGAUCAACCUCGGAACCGAGCGCCACCGCAAGUACCUCGACGCCAUUGACACGAUGGAGGGUGUCGGAUGCUUUGGCCUCACCGAGCUCAGCUAUGGUAACACGGCUAUUGAGAUGGAGACGACUGCGAUCUUCGACCAGAAGACACGCGAGUGGAUUGUCGACACACCCACUACCGCCGCUCAGAAGUACUGGAUUACCUCUGGUGGCCUGCACGCUAAGUUCUGUUUGGUCUUUGCGCAGACCUAUGUGAACGGCAAGCACGAGGGAAUCAACGUGUUCCUCGUCCCUAUCCGUGACUACAAGACCAUGGCUGUCCUUCCCGGCGUGGAGGUGCGCGAGAUGGGACACAAGAUGGGCAACCAGGGUGUGGACAAUGCCGCUCUCCUGUUCCACAAUGUGCGCGUUCCGGCCGAGAACAUCCUCAACAAGUACGCCGACGUCGACGCCCAGGGCAACUACGUCUCGAGCAUCUCUGCCCGCCGCGCCCGCUUCCUCAUGGUUGCCGACCAGCUCCUUGCCGGACGUCUUUGCAUCGCUAGUAUGUGUCUUGGCGGAACCAAGACGGUUCUCGCGACCACCUUCCGCUACGCGGGAUCGCGCCGUUCGGUGGGCCCCACUGGCAAGGCCGACACACCCAUCAUGGACUACCAAUUGCAACAGAAUGCCCUUGUUCCGCUCCUCGCCCGCACCGUCAUCCUCAACCUUGGCUUCAACUACAUCAAGUACCGCUGGGCCAACAAGGCCAACUACCCCGCUGACGAGAUUGUGCGCCUUUGCUGCGUGAUCAAGCCCCUCAUUACAUGGAACUUUGAGAACACGACCUCAACCUGCCGCGAGCGCUGUGGUGGACAAGGCUACCUGUCUGCCAACCUGUUCGGCCUCAACCUGGGCUUCUCGCACGCCGGCAUCACCGCCGAGGGAGACAACUCUGUGCUCAUGCAGAAGGUCUCGAAGGAGCUCCUGGCCGCGCUCGGUGCCAAGAGGGUCGUCUUCAAGGCCGUCCCCCGUGGCGCAUUCAAGAGCGCCGACGAUGACGCCAGCCUCCAGGCCCUGAUCCACAUCCGCGAGCAGGGGAUGGCUGCGGAGCUCGCCAAGCGCAUGGCUGGCGCCAAGAACGGCCAGGCCAUCUUUGACACCUGGAUGCACCACGAGAGCGACCUCAUCCAGGCCUUGGCAAAGGCCCACGGCGAGCGCAUCUCCAUGGAGGCUGCCAUCGAAGCCGUCGCCUCACUUCCUGCUGGUCACUCGGCCACCCUUCUGGCACUCGCACUCCGUGUCUGGCUGCUGGAGACUGUCCACGCCGACGCAGCCUACUUCCUCACCAACGGCAUUCUGGCUCCCAAGGAUGCCCUCAAGGUUGCCGAGAACCGCGCCAAGGCGAUUCACGAGCUCAGUGCCGAUGCCAUGACUCUUGUCGACUCUCUCGGUCUCGAGGACCACAUGCUCCACGCUCCUAUUGCCAAGGACUGGGUCAAGUACAACGAGCGUGACAACCUCGGCGAGCUUGUUGAGCCCAAGGCCAAGCUCUAA